UCUGGCAUCCCGGAGGAAGUGACGCAGCCAGCAGGAGUGUGACCCGAGGAACCUCAAACAUGCGUCAAUCCCGAAAAAACAAACUCCACCAAAUGGCGGAUUAUCUCCACAAACCGUAAUUUCUCAUCCACAAAGUAUUAAUGUUGUGAUUUAAGGACAUAUCCGAUCAGAUAAUUCAGCAGGCACUCAUGUGUUUGUCUUGUGGAGCCCUGUAUAAUCCAGCACCUCUCCAUGGAUUAAGCGCAGAGGAAAGCUGAAUCGAAUCGUUCUGUUGGAGGAAGGUCGCGGCGCGGGUUCAACAUGCCCCUUCCGUUCGGAUUAAAGCUCAAGAGAACCAGGAGAUACACGGUGUCCAGCAAGAGCUGCCUGGUGACCCGCAUUCAGCUGCUCAAUGGAGAAUACGUGGAGUUCACGCUUUCGGUGGAGAGUACGGGACAGGAGUGUCUGGAGGCGGUCGCGCAGAGGCUGGAGCUACGCGAGAUAACGUACUUCAGCCUGUGGUAUUACAACAAGCAGAACCAGCAGAGAUGGAUUGAUCUGGAGAAGCCGCUGAAGAAGCAGCUGGACAAGUACGGACUGGAGCCCACCGUUUACUUUGGGGUGGUGUUUUACGUCUGCACCGUCACCCAACUACAACAAGAAAUAACCAGAUAUCAGUAUUAUCUGCAGCUGAAGAAAGAUGUUCUGGAGGGAAAGAUCCCCUGCUCUAUUGAGCAAGCCAUUCAUCUGGCCAGCCUGGCUGUGCAAGCUGACCUCGGAGACUUCAAUCGGUAUGAUUCCCAGGAAUUCCUUCAAAAAAUCGUGCUUUUUCCGAUGCCAUGGAUACAAGACGAGAGGGUUGUGGAAGAAGCCACUCAGAAAGUCACCAUGCUUUAUCAGAACUACCGAGGUCUUUCUGCACCGGAGGCUGAGCUACUGUACAUGCAGGAGGUGGAGAAGAUUGAGGGCUACGGCGAGGAGAGCAUCCAAGCCAAGGACUCUCAGGCCACAGACGUGAUCAUCGGCUCCUGUCUGGAUGGGAUUUUUGUCAAGCACAAAAAUGGGAAAGCUCCUCUCAUAUUUCGGUGGAAUGACAUUAAUAAUAUGACUCAUAAUAAGUCCUUCUUUGCCCUGGAGCUCGCCAACAAAGAAGACACAAUCCAGUUCCAGACCGAGGACAUGGAGACGUCCAAAUAUGUGUGCAGAAUGUGGCUGGCGAGGCACAAGUUUUACAAGAUUAACAACAGCAGUCUAGAGCCGUCUUGUGACCCGAACUCCGAGGGCCCUCAAAGGUCCAUUCUCUCUCUUUCAUUUCCUCGCUUUCCAGCCCUCUCUCGUCUCUCUGUGCCUGCUGAUAAAGGACAAACUCAGCCAGCUCCUGUAAACCCAGUGAGGCGACGGUCCUCCACAAGAAUGUCUCUGCCAAAACCGCAGCCCUACAUGAUGCCACCUCAGAUGCACUUUAACGGCCACUAUAACGAACCGUACACGUCUUCACAAGAUAAUCUCUACAUCAACAACCAGAAUGGUUUCUACUACCAUUCCCAAACCAGCCUGGACCGCUCUCCGCACGAGUACAACGGACGCAUCCGAAACGGCAGCGUUUACAGCGCACAGAGCACCAGCUCCCUGAACAACCCACAGCACUACCUGCAGCCAUCGCCGAUGUCCUCCAACCCAAGCAUCACAGGAAGUGACCUCAUGCGUCCCGACUACGUGCCCUCCCACCGGCACAGCGCCCUGAUUCCACCGUCCUACCGCGCCACGCCAGAUUACGAAACCGUGAUGCGACAGAAAAACAUGAUUCCAGCUGCAGAGCGCCAGAGCCACUCCAUGAGGAACCUAAAUAUCGGAAACUCGUACGCUUACAGCCGACCAGAUCCGCUAGUGUACAGCCAACCGGAAAUCCGAGAGCACGGCGCAGGACAGUAUCCUUUUCACCUUAAUUACAGCUUCCACAGUCCAUCUCCAUACCCCUAUCCCACUGAGAGACGGCCUGUAGUGGGCGCUGUAAGCGUUCCCGAACUCACCAACGUCCAGCUGCAGCAGGCGCAGGAAUAUCCGCCGCCGAACAUCAUCAGGAAUCAGGUGUACUGGCCUCCGCCGCCGUAUCCGUACCCUCAUCCUCGACCCGCCAACAGCACCCCGGAUCUGUCCCGGCACCUGUACGUCAGCAGCAGUAACCCGGAUCUGAUAACGCGCCGCGUGCAUCACUCGGUGCAGACCUUUCAGGAGGACAGCCUGCCAGUGGCGCACUCACUACAGGAGGUUAGCGAACCGCUAGUCACAGCACGCCGUCCACACAUGCACAAACGCAACUCAAUCGAGAUCGCAGGACUGGCCUACGGACUGGAGAACAUGAGGCUCAAGGAGAGGAAGGUAUCCGCAUCAGCAGCUGAUACUCCGCCCCCUGUUGCCGCGGCAGUGCCCCAUGCAGCAUCCGGCUCCGACAUCAACGUGGUCCUAGAGGUGUCGAAACCAGAAGACGUAGGCAUCAAAGAGGAUGUUUUCUACGGCCACAAGAAGUCUCUGUCGGAUGCCACCAUGCUGGUGCACAGCAGCGGAGAGGAGGAGGAGUUUGAGGACGACAGCGGCAGACACACACCACAGUCUCAGGACGCAGUGAGCGGCCCAGAGCAUCCCAUGACCUCGCUGGGACGCUCGCUCGGAGAUCCUCCUGCUUAUCCCUUCAGCCACAGUAUGGAGACGGUGCUAACAAGUCCUCCGGCCUACCAGGCGCAUUCCAUCAUGCAGAAAGCAGAGGACGUGGGGCCACUGCCGCCUCUGAGGGAGCCCGGACUCAUGAUGCCCUCAGUGUCAGAGGGAGAUCUGAGCGGACGCUUAAGGAAAAAUAGAGACAUCUCGAAAAGACCUGUGUCUGACGUGCCUCCGGGGAGGAGAAACAUUGAUGGGCUGCCACCCGCGGGAAUGAAAAAAGGACGCUCGGAGGUGAAGAAGGUCGGUCCGCUGAAGCUGGCAGCUCUGAACGGUUUGACCCUGUCCAGGAUUCCUCUGCCGGAUGAUGGAAAGGACGACCCGGAAAGCGCCUCUAAUGAUGAACGGUGUAAGUUUCUGGAGCAGCGUUUGGAUCAGGGGAUGGUGUUCACGGAGUACGAGCAGGUGCCCAAGAAACGACCCAACAGUGAGUACAGCAUCGCUCAGAUGCCCGAGAACAACGACAGAAACCGCUUUCAGGACGUCCUGCCCUACGACGACACACGUGUGGAGCUGGUGCCCACCAAAGAGAACAACACAGGCUACAUCAACGCCUCGCACAUCAGGGUGACGGUCAGAGGUAAAGAGUGGAGUUAUAUUGCGUCUCAGGGUCCGCUUUCCAGCACCUGUCAGGAUUUCUGGCAGAUGGUUUGGGAACAAGGAGUGUCCAUCAUCGCAAUGGUUACAGCAGAGGAGGAAGGAGGCCGUGAGAAGAGUUUCCGCUACUGGCCUCGUCUGGGCUCUCGACACAACACUGUUACAUACGGACGCUUCAAGAUCACCACACGCUUCCGCACAGACUCGGGCUGCUACGCCACCACCGGCCUGAAGAUCAAGCAUCUACUGACGGGGCAGGAGAGGACCGUCUGGCACCUGCAGUACACCGACUGGCCCGAUCACGGCUGCCCUGAGGACUUUAAAGGCUUUCUCUCGUAUUUGGAGGAGAUCCAGUCUGUGAGGCGACACACCAACAGUUCCAGCGACCCAAAGAACACAAACCUGCCGGUGCUGGUGCACUGCAGCGCGGGCGUGGGACGCACCGGUGUGGUCAUCCUGUCCGAGAUCAUGAUCGCCUGUCUGGAACACAAUGAGAUGCUGGACGUCCCGACGGUUCUGAACCUGCUCCGGCAGCAGCGAAUGAUGAUGGUACAGACACUCUCACAAUACACCUUCAUCUACAAAGUCCUCAUUCAGUUCCUGAAAAACUCCAGACUGAUCUGAGAGCAGCGUUUCCUCCGUCCCAUGAUCCUCACUAAGCCUGUGAGUCCCGCCCGGAGCCCGAACGUAUCAGAGCGAGACCAGAAAAAUACGGGCAAGUAUGAAGGACGCUGAGCCGCGCUCCGUUUUUUACAGUAUUAUUCACACGGAUGUCAGUCCCAGCACUUUUACUCCGCUGUACAUAGACAUGCUGCAGCUCUGAUAUUUAAUAUACAUGCAGACUGCUUCUUUUAUACCCGGGUGUCUUGUGGAUUUUACUAGUUUACGCAUGAAGGUUUUAGCGAGCGGACACAGUGUUUGAAGACGUGUGCGUGUGUGUGUGUGUGUGUGUGUGUGUGUGUGUGUGCGGGUUUGACUUCAGUUUGCAGGACUUUGGGUGAAUCUCAUGAAAAGACGCGAUUAAAUGAAGACUUUGGUGGAUAGAAUAAUGUUUAUUUAUUUAUUUUUUUAACUAAAUGGUCAAUUAAGUGGCAAAUCUACUUGGUUUUAUCAUGAUAAUAGUGUCAAAAUGCACGUUUUAGGGAUAAAUGUGCUUGGUUUAAUGGAAAUUAAGCUAAAAUGCCAAACUUAUUGGCAAAUGUGCGACAUUUUCAAGAAAAUAAAGGCAGAUUAUGCACACACAAUGGUUGUGUAUUUUUAAAAAUGCUCAAAAAAUAGUAAUAAGUGGUGUUUUGAAUCAAUAUAAUGCCAAAAUUCCCCCCAAAAUGACAUUUAAUAGGCACUUUUUAAAAAGGAAUGAUACCUAAAUGCUAAUAUUUAUCUUAUCAAAAUAUUGUAGAAAUGUGCAGUGAUGAUAAAUGUGCUGUUUGCAUUAAUAUUAUGUCAAAAUGUGAGAAAGAAUCCAAACGUUUGCUGAAAAUGUGCUGCUUUCAUGACAAUAAUGCACCAGUUUGAUGUCAAAUUGAGAUAAUCUGCAAAUAAACAAAUAACAAUGCCAAAAUUCCCCCAAAAGAGUCAAAAAUAAGUGUUUUUUUCCACCAAAAUGCUAAAUUAUUAUAAGAUAUGUGGUAACUUUUAAUGGAAAUGUGCAGUGAUGUUAAAUGUGCUCAAUUUGCAUUAAAAUAAUGUCAAAAUGUGCAAAAAAGAAUCCAAAUAUUUGGCAAAAAUGUGCUGCUUUCAUGAUGAUAAUGCACCAGUUUGAAGUUAAAAAGAUAACACCCCCCCCUCCAAAAAAAAAAAUUAAUUAUAAUAAUGCCAAAAUUCCACCAAACGAGGCAAAAAUCAGUUUUUUUCACACCAAAAUGCUACAUAUUGAUAAGAAAUAUGGUAAAUUUUUAAUUUGAAUGAAAAUGUGCAGUGAUGUUAAAUGUGCUCAAUUUGCAUUAAAAUAAUUGUGAAAUAAUGCUGAAAAUGUGCUGCUUUCAUGACAAUAAUGGAACAGUUUGAUGUUUAAAUAGAGAUAAUCUCUAAAAAAAUACCAAUGCCAAAAUUCCCCCUUAAGAGGCACAAAUAUGUGCUUUUUCAUCCCAAAAUGCUAAAUUAUUAUAAGAAAUGUGGUUAAUUUUAAUGAAAAUGUGCAGUGAUGUUUAAUGUGCUGGCUUGGCAUUAAAAGAAUGUCAAAAUGUGCAAAAAGAAUCCAAACAUUUGGCAAAAAUGUGCUACUUUCAUGAUAACAGUGCACCAGUUUGAUGUUAAAAAGAUAACCCCCCCCAAAAUUAUUAAUAAUGCUAAAAUUCCCCCAAGAGAGGCAAAAAUCUGUGUUUUUUUACACCAAAAUGCUACAUUUUGAUAAGAAAUGUGGUAAAUUUUACUGAAAAUGUCUAGUGAUUUUAAAUGUGCUCAAUUUUCAGGCUCAAAUUAAAUUUUAGAAACAGGCAAAAUCUAUGCUUUUAACUGUUUAGAGGGUUAAAAUAAUGUCAAAAUAUGAGAUAAAAAAUCCAAACAUUUAGCAGUAAUAUGCUGCUUUCAUGACAAUAAUGCACCAGUUUGAUGUUUAAAUAGAGAUAAUCUCAAAAAUAAAAAUAAAUAACAAUGCCAAAAUUCCCCAUAAAGAGGCAAAAAUCUGUGUUUUUACACACCAAAAUGCUACAUUUUGAUAAGAAAUAUGGUAGAUUUUAAUGAAAAUGUGCGGUGAUGUUAAAUGUGCUCAAUUUGCAUUGAAAUUAUGUCAAAAUGUGAGAAAAAGAAUUCAAACAUUUAGCAGUAAUAUGCUGCUUUCAUGACAAUAAUGCACCAGUUUGAUGUUUAAAUAGAGAUAAACUCUAAAAAAUAAAUAACAAUGCCAAAAUUCCCCAGAAAGAGGCAAAAAUAUGUGCCUUUUUAUACCGAAAUGCUAAAUUAUUAUAAGAAAUGUGGUAAAUUUUUAUGAAAAUGUGCAGUGAUGUUAAAUGUGCUCGCUUGGCAUUAAAAUAAUGUCAAAAUGUGCUAAAAAGAAUCCAAAAAUUUGGCAAUAAUGUGCUGCUUUCAUGAUGAUAAUGCACCAUUUUGAUCCCAGAUACCAUUAUAGAAAUGCCAAAAUCAAUAAUUCCAAAAUAAAGGCAUAAAUAUGUGUUUUUUUUUAAUGAAAAUUAUAGCAAAUGCUACAUUUUGGUAUGAAAUAUGGUAAAAAAAAAUUAAUGUGCGGUGUUGUUAAAUGUGCUCAGUUUGCAUUAAAAUAAUGUCAAAAUGUGCAAAAAAGAAUCCAAACAUUUGGCAAUAAUGUGCUGCUUUCAUGACAAUAAGGCACCGCUUUGAGAAACCAUUAUAAUAAUGCCAAAAUCAGUAAUUCUUAAAUAAAAGCAGAAAGAUGUUUUUUCUUUUCAUAAUAAUAAUACCAAAAUGCUACAUUUUUGGUAAGAAAUGUUGUAAAUCUCCAUAAAUAUAAUGUGCUCAGUUUGCAUUAAAGCAAUGUCAAAAUGCAAAAACAUGCUAAACCAAAUCCAAAUGUUCAGUUUCAUGAUAAUAUUAAACAAUUUUAUGCAAAAACAACCUCAAUUUUUAUAAAAACAAUAUCAAAAUACCGCAAAACUAUUCACAGUUUUCAUUUAAAUAAAGCCACAAUGUCAUUUAAGUGGCUUUGUUUUAAUAAAUAAAGAAUAAAAUAAUAAUAAUAAAAAUGCCAAAGUUCACUGAGAAGUGUGCUCCGUUUUAAUAAAGGUAUGCAUUGUCGGAAUGCACAAGUUUUGUUAGAAAUGUGCAACAUUUUCAUUAAAAUAAUGUCAAAAUGUGCAGUGAUGAAUGAUAAAUGUGCUCAGUUUACAUACAAAUAAUCUCAAAAUGUGCAAAACAAAGUGAAGAUUCAAGCCAAUGCACAAUUUCGAUGUCAAAUAGAUAAAUAUGCAGAGUUUUCAUUAAAAUAAAGCCAUGGUGUCAUUUAAGGGGGUUGUUUUCAUGAACAUUAUCUUAAAGUACAGAAAUGAGGUGGAAUAUCUUCUUCUCAAGAACAUAAAAGAAAAGCCAAAAUUCACUGAGAAUUGUGCUCUGUUUUAAUGAAAGUUUGCAUUGUCAAUGCACAAGUUUUGGUUAGAAAUGUGCAACUUUUUUAUUAAAAUAAUGUCAAAAUGUGCAGUGAUGAAUGAUACAUGUGGUCCGUUUACAUUAAAAUAAAUAAAAAUGUAAAGUACAGUUUUUUAGACAAUAAUGCACAAAUUUGAUGCCAAAAACAUAAAUAUAUGCACAGUUUUCAUUCAAAUAAAGCCACAGUGUCGUUUAAGUGGCUUCAUUUUAAUUAACAGGAUCUUAAAAUACAUAUAUGAGGUCUUUUUUAG